AUGACCUCCUUUCCAACCCGAGAAGCUCCCAACAACUCCUCGACGCUGUCAUUCCAUCAGAGUGUCAUUCCAGAUGGAGGACAAUCACAACAGACGACCAUGAUGAUGACGACGAUGCAUCACUCUUUGCCACACAAUGUGUGGAUUCCCAAUCAGCCACCCACUCAUCACUAUACACCUCAACAACUUCCACAGCAAUUUAUUUCAUACAGCUCUUCUCCUCCAAAUAUGUUGAAUCAAAAUAGUCCUCCUUCGACGAGUGUGGCGAUCGCUCAUGGUUUGGCAUCCUCGUUGCCAAUUUCAGAUCCAUCCUUCUUCUCAUCGGUGACACAUGUGAGACAUCAAAGAACGAAUUCAAGUCCCGUAACCGCUGGUUUGUCUUCUCCCUCGUCUUCGCGCAAAAGAACCUCGAGCUCAGCUUCUGGAUCUUCUCAUAAAUCUAAAUCUAAUGCUUUGUCUUCGACAGGAAUUGUAUUCUAUGAACAUAAUGGAAUUCAGAAACGAGCGAAAAAGAAGGAUGUAAUGCUUCCUUUUGAAAAGGUCUUUCGAUGUAAGGAUAAGAAGAAUGGAAUGAUCAUGACACAACAACAACAACAAUUGGAAUGUGCAUCGUCAUCGACUCAAAGCUCACCUACAAUGUCACCUACAACGACACGAACGUCUCCAACACAAAGCAUGUCACAUCAUCAUCAGCAAUAUAGCUCACAAAUGAUGCAUCCAUCAAAUUCUUCCUGUCAACCUCAAUCACAGAUCAAUAAUUCAGCUUCAAUGAUCUAUUAUUCACAGCAACAACCAAUGUCAUCCUCAACCAUGUAUUCUAACAACGUCGCGACUUGUUCUGUAUUACCAACAACCAUGUGUGUCAAAUCGCAGCAACAACCUGAAACACAGACGCAACAACGACUUCAUGAAGAUCCAGUCGGUGUUGUGAACAGCCUCAAUUUCUCCCAACCUCCACAUUUGGCAGGUAGUCCUUUGUUGCGUGCAAAUUCUCUGUCAAACGAUCCAGGUCAGAGCUUGCCAUCCACGUCGACUGGUAUUUGUGCUUCCCAAAGUUGCAAGCUCACCUCAAAACCUGAAAGCGGUAGUACUAGCACUUUUGCAAGAAAUGGAAGAACCUCCAUCUCAAUUCAUGAAUUAUUAAAUUAA